AUAAAAAAGCAGAGACUGUUGUUGGCGCUACUUUCAUUUCUGAAAAUGGCUUCUAAACAACUAAGAGUGCUAGUUUGUGGGGAUGUUGAAGGAAACAUAUCACAGCUGUAUAACAGAGUCAACACCAUUCAGAAGAAGAGCGGAAACUUUGAUAUUCUUCUUUGUGUUGGUGAUUUUUUUUCUGGAGAUGGAACAGAUUGGGAGUCCUAUAAGACAGGAAAACAAACAGCACCAAUAUCAACAUUAAUCCUGGGGCCCUGUAAGCCUGAGCUGGACAUCUACUUUCCAGGCCCAGAGGGUGGAGAGCUUUGUCCUAAUAUUAUAUACUUAGGGCGAAAGGGAAGAUAUAUAGAAAGUGCAGGUUUACAGAUUGCUUAUCUGAGUGGCAUUGAGGGCCCAGGUGAGCGUGGAGAAGCCCACACGUUUGGCUCCCAGGAUGUGUCUGACCUAAUGUCACCUGUGGUUAAUGAUUCUCGAUACAAGGGAGUCGAUAUCCUCCUGACAUGUCAGUGGCCAAAGGGUGUGGACAAAUAUGCAACAUCUUUGGAAAGAAAGACAGAAAAGGACUCCUUGACCAUUGGUGAAGUGGCACGUAUUCUUCGACCUCGCUAUCACUUUGCUGGGAUGGAGGGUAUAUUUUAUGAAAGACAGCCAUACAGAAACCACCAAGUACUUAUUGAAUCAGCACGACAUGUGACCAGGUUCAUAGGGCUUGCUAAUGUUGCCAACAAGAAAAAAGAAAAAUACCUGUAUGCUUUCAGUAUAACACCCCUAUCACUGAUGGAAGCAGCUGAGUUGAUCAAACAGCCCACUGAUGUAACAGAAUGUCCAUAUUCAGAAACAGUCAGGGCACUUCAGUCCCAGAAGGAGGAAGAAGGACCACAAUUCUUCUAUGACAUGAACAGCAGACCUGAAGACAAAAAAGGCACAAAGAGACAUCAUCAGUCCUCAAGAGCACAAUAUGAUGCCAAGAAACCCCAAAAAACAGCUGAGGCAGCAGGGCCAUGCUGGUUCUGCUUGGGCAGUGCAGAGGUGGAGAAACAUCUAGUUGUCAGUGUAGGUAACCUGACAUAUCUUGCCCUAGCAAAGGGUGGACUCGUGCCAGAUCAUGUGUUGAUCCUUCCAAUACACCAUCAUCAGUCCACUGUUGCUGCUUCAUCAGAUAUCCUAGAAGAAAUUGAGAAAUACAAAACCUCAUUAAGAAAAUGCUUCAAGAUGGAUGGUAAAGCAACAGUGUUUUUUGAAAGAAAUUACAAAACACAGCAUCUGCAAAUUCAGGCAGUUCCAGUUCCCAAGGACUCGGUACCAGAUGUCAAAGAUACAUUCAUGCAAUGUGCAGAAAGUGAGGGUAUUGAGCUCCAUGAAAUUCCCAAACAUUCUGAUUUAAAACAAAUUGUACCAGCUGGUGCACCUUACUUCUAUGCUGAGCUACCCUCAGGAGACAGACUGCUUCACAGAAUAGAAAAGAAAUUUCCUCUUCAAUUUGGCAGGGAAGUGUUGGGAGAACCAGCGAUCCUCAAUAUGCCAGAACGAGUAGACUGGAGAAGUUGCAAAUCAAGUAAAGAAGAGGAGUCGUCUAUGGCAGCUGUAUUUAAGGAGAAAUUCAGAGCUUUUGAUUUUAACUUUUUCUGAUGUGUCACACAAAUGGCAAUUGUUCAUGUAAGCCUUGUGAUGUGCAGCUGAUAAAAUGUAGGUUUUACACUGUGAAAGUAUGCAUGUUCCUUGUAAUAAAAUUCAAAUUCAGUAAACUUCUUGGAAAAAGUC